AUGCAGGAGGCCCAAAUACGCUACCGCUGGCAAUUCCCAUUUGCCCUAACAGCCUGGCGAGACGACACCGAAGCCACGAUAAGAUCACCGCAGGACGUACAAGCCUUCCAAGAAGCCCUCGGCCUCCCACAAAUGCCCAUCGCAGACUGGACUAAUUGCCCGAUAAAUGAGCGCUUCACAGGGCGACCAACCCGCCGCCACAUCCAGCAGGGACCAAACGCCGAAUUUACCUCUCUACAGCAAGCGAACCCAGAGGAAUAAACCUACCCCUUUUGCCUGAGAAAUCACUGAAGAUUUUACGCUAACAUUUUUACUGGGAUCACAGGGCACCCCCCCCCUUUUUUUUUUUUUUUUUCUCUCCUCACUCUUUCAGGGAACGACGAAGCACGACCGGAAGAAACAAAGUCAUGGACAACUACACUAGCCACCCAACAGGCCCAGGACACUCGUACAACAUAAAUGUUCACCCCUACACGACCAGAGAACGUGAACUCCCAGCGAGAAGGAACCAACACUGUCUGAGAACCCCCACUGGCAACCGAUACGUGGCCUAA